AACCUGGAGAGGAAGUAACCAGAAUAUCCGUGCUUGACCAGUGGGGGAUACAUCCACCUCCACGGUCCUCACCUAACCUGAGCGGGGAUUGCCUCGGCUCCUCCUGCUGUCCUUUGGAGGAAAGGAAAGCGAAAGUGAAAGGAGGAAGAGAAGGCUUCUCGGGGCUGAGGAGAUUGCAGCGCCAUGAAGCCCCUGUCCCUGCUCCUUGCUGUGACUUUGGGCCUGGCGACCACCGUCUCAGCAGGACCAUCUGCGAUCGAGUGUUGGUUCGUGGAGGAUGUGGGCGGGGGCGGCCUGGCCAAGAGACCCGCCGCACUGCUUCUGCGCCAGGGACCCGAGGGACCGCCACCCCGGCCAGACCUCGACCCUAAGCUCUACCUCAAAGUGGACGACCCCACGGGCACCCUGCAGGCUGCCUUCAGGAGGUACCCCCGGGGCGUCCCCGCACCACACUGCGAGAUAAGCCGAUACAUCCCGCUCCCUGCCUCUGCAAAUUGGGCCAGCGGCCUGACCCCGGAGCGGAGCUGCCCGCGGGCCCUGGACGGGGCUUGGCUGACCGUCAGCAUGUCCAGCUCGGUUCUUAGCCUCUCCAGCCUCUUGCGACUCCAGCCAGAGCCUCAGCAGGAGCCUGUUCUUAUCACCGUGGCAACAGUGGUGCUGACUGUCCUCACCCACACCCCUGCCCCCCGAAUCCGACUGGGACAAGAUGCUAUACUGGACUUGAGCUUCGCCUACAUGCCCCCAACCCUCGAGGCUACUGCAUCUCUGGCCCCAAGUCCCCCUCCCUUUGGGCUGGAGUGGCGACGACAGCACCUGGGUAAGGGGCACCUGCUCCUGGCUGCAACUCCUGGGCUGGGUGGGCAGAUGCCAGCAGCCCGAGAAGGAGCAGUGGCGUUUGCUGCUUGGGAUGAUGAUGAUCCAUGGGGCCCAUGGACCGGGAAUGGGACCUUCUGGCUGCCUGCCGUGCGACCCUUUCAGGAGGGCACCUAUCUGGCCACUGUACACCUGCCAUACCUGCAAGGACAGGUCUCCCUGGAGCUUACUAUGCACAAGCCCCCCAAAGUGUCCCUGUCACCAGCACCCCUUGUUUGGGCUGCCCCAGGGGAGGCACCUCCAGAGUUGCUGUGCCUUGUGUCCCACUUCUACCCUUCCGAGGGCCUGGAGGUAGAGUGGGAGCUCCGGGGUAGCUCAGAGAGUGGAUCUCAGAAGGCCGAGGGGCAGAGGUGGCUCUCCUCUCUGCGCCACCAUUCAGAUGGCUCUGUCAGUCUCUCUGGACACCUGCAGCUGCCCCCAAUCACUGCUGAGCAGCAUGGGGCUCGGUACAUCUGUCAUGUCCACCACUCCAGCCUGCCUGCCUCGGGGCGCAGUGCUGAGGUCACUGUGGAGGUGGCAGGUUUCUCUGGGCCCUCCCUUGAGGAUGGCGUAGGGCUCUUCCUGUCUGCCUUCCUCCUCCUGGGACUCUUCAAGGUGCUGGGCUGGGUCGAAAUCACAGUGAAGGCACUCAGCACUACCCUGUGGAAGCUACCAUCAUCUCUGGCCCUAGCUACUGUAGCAGCUCCCCCAAGCAGUACCCCAUCACCUGCUCCUACUCUCUCAAAACUUCCUACACUGAAUGGCUGGAAUUUUUUUUUUUUUUUUUUAAAGACAAAUCUUAUGCAUUUGUCUUCUUAAAGCUCUUGGGCAGUGGUUCUCAAAAUUUUUGGUAUCAGGACUUUCUUAAAAAUUAUCAGUCAGGCCUGUUGGCACAUGCCUGUAAUUAGGUGAGCCUCAGCAAUUUAGUGAGGCCCUAAGCAACUUAGUGAAACCCAGUCUCAAUAAAAAAUAAAAAAGGCUGGGGAUGUAUCUCAGUGGUAAAGUGCCCUAGGCUCAAUCCUCAGGGCCAAAAAUCAAAGACUCUCAAAAGCUUUUGUUAUCUGUGCUAUAACUAUUGAUAUUUAUUGUACUAAAACCUAAAAUAGAAAGAUUUUAAACACGAGAAUACAUAAAUACACAUUCUAUUAGUUUUGAAAGCCAUGGUGUCAAUACAUAUCAUGUAGCUUCUGGAAAACCCCGCAUGUACACUCUUAGAAAAUUAUAAUGAAAAAUGCAAAUAACAUCUUUAUAGAGUUGUUAAGUUUUAACCUCAAAUACCCACUGAAAUUGUCUUGGGGACCUCUGGGACAGAAACCAACCUUGGAGAACCAGUGCUCUGGGGUAAAUUCAUUCUUCCUGCUCCGUCCUGUGAGUCCCCCCACCCUGCCCGAACACUGCCUACCUCUCCAGUCCUACCAGGUGCUCCCCAGCCCUCCUCUCAAUGCUCAUCAACAGACAGCUAUUCCUUUCUUCCGAUGAACCAAAGGCCUCCCGCCAGCCUCGAGUUCCGCAGCUUGAUUCCCUCUACCUGGCUCCUUCCCUGGGCCCCCGACUUAGGUCUGCCUCGUGAUUCCCCUCAGACAGUCGCGUGUCUGUCUUGUGCGGUUCACCACAGCUGUAGUUAAGUGAUUGUGAGAAUCGUGGUUAAACGCCCGUCUACCCUCCCGGACUGUGGCUCCUGUGGCUCAGCGUGACAAGCCUGUGUGUCCUCUGCUGUAUGACUGGCUCCCACUGGAGGGCGCUCAUUAAACAGCUGCUGAACUUAGAACCGAGGAAGCCGCAGCACAAGGGGCUGGACGGUCGUCGGCCAGACGGAUGGGGAACGGGUCUAGUGUGGGAAUAAAGUAGUGUUCCAGUGCUUCCAA